AUAUUUUACACACUUCGUUACUCAUCUUGACUCAGUAAUAAACUAAUAUAAAAAGAUGAAGACUGUUGCUUUUUUGGUUUUACUUGCGGCCAUUAACAUGGUAUAUUCAGAACCUUUAAGAGACUACCGAGGAUGUCAAUACAUUCACGGAAUAUGUGUCAGAGAGUGUGAAGAGGGAACAAGGGCUUACGUUCGUGAUUGUGACUACGCAAAACCGGAGGCCACGUGUGAUGUACCCAACCCCGAGGUCGACCUCAGAGGAAAAAUUUGCGACUACUCUCAAUGUUAUUGCGAAGAACCAACUGUGAGAGAUCCGAUCACAAAGAAAUGUGUCAAGCUUGAAGAUUGUACUAAAUCUAAAUAAUCAUUGCCCUCGUUUUUGUAACUGAUGAUUUUGUGUAUAUUCUUUUAGGUCGAUCAAAUUAAGCAUUUAAGGAUAUAACAAUUCAC